UUUAUUCUGGCCUGCCACAGUUUCAAGCGAUGAAGCCGACGGGAUUUAGAGAACGCCUUGUAAACAAGCCGGAAAACGACCCCGUGUCACAAGCUACUUCGUCUCAGACGCCGUACCGAAGCUCUCCGCGGACGUCAAAAGGGGCCAAGUCUCAGAGGACAUCUGCAGGGGCGACGUCUCAGGUGACGUCACAGGCUACGCCGUCGACGUCGAGCCGGUGGAAGCCAUCUUCUUGGUGGUCGGCGGUCACUCCGAAAUUGACCGAAACGCGCUUGCAAGGCGAGCCGGACAUCCCCGCCACGGCACCGGACACGUCCGGGACCUGCCUGACAGCGUUCGAUAUGGCCGAGAAGGCUGCCUUCCAGAAGCCGAGUGCGAACGUGAAGGUGUGGAACUGGCACGUAAUUUAGAAGCCGUAGAAACACUACCGCGUGCCUCACGCGGGCAAUACAAUGACACUCAGCUAGUAUAAAGAUUGGGAAACGCGUACAAGGUAUUUUUAUUUG